GACUUUGACGCCUUCGACCACAUUUUUCGGCAGUACCACGAGUUGUCAGGGUGUUCAGACUCGUGUACUCCGUGACACCGUGCCCGUGAACCCUUAAAAGACGUCUUUGCUUGCUGGACGCCUCUCUCAAGUUUGUUCUCUUCGUCUUCUCUCCAUUGCGCCACACUACUGGUAGCAGUCAUGCAACCAGGGAUUUACAAAUUUAUAAACCGCCAGAGCGGUACAGCAAUGGACUUGGCCAAAAACGACUACACGCAUGUUGUCGGCUCCCCACCUUGUGAUGAUUCUAUCCAAAUGUGGGAAAUAGCACGUCUUGGAGCAGGACACAGUAUCCGGAAUAUGCAAACCGGUACCUACAUGUCUGCGCAAGGAAUUCAAGGCGGUGCUACCAUCUUGGCGGGACAUUUUCCUGUAGCAUGGCAACUCAUCACCAUGAAAGUGGAUGACGAAAAUGCUGAAAUGAUUGAAAUACGCUGGCCGCUUACAGGAUACAUGUUUGAUCUGCACCGUGGAUUCUCAGCUCCUGGAACAAAGAUUCAUCUGUGGGACCAUCAACUAAAUGCGGUAGACCAUCGUUGUAGAUUGUGGAAGCCCGUUUUCAUUCGAGACAUUCAUCACUCCGUUUUGCCGGAGCGUGCUGGUGAAGACGACGAAACUUCAAGCACCACUACUAUCAGUGCUGCUGAUGUGCCAGAAGGAGGCGAGCUUGUCUUGGUCACGACCACUACUACAAGAACAGUGGUUACAAAGGUACCGAAACAGUGGAGUAAGGGUCUUAGGGCUUAGGCAGGGCGAGAGCCUAGUCAGUAAAGACAAUGUGCAUGCAUGUCUGUAGUACAUCUCCAACACAGUAAUUCUGUCCGAGUCCGGCCUGGGUAGCCCAGUCCAACGGUUGUCAGUGGAGAAGAUGCUAGAAUAGUUCUAUGUCGAAAACACCUUCCUACCUACAUAGACUACAUCUACAUACCCAUUCAGAGUCGGGCCCGG